AGACCUUCAGACCUGCUUCAUUACCUGUGCAGUGAGUCCCCUAUAGGUGGAGAGCCGGGGGCUUGAACUGGAAUCCUAACUGGUUCUUGCUCUUUGCACUGCACAUGCUAAACCCACUGUGCUACUGCCCAAAUCCCUGGAGAUCUUUUUCUAAUUUUGAAUAUUUGUGAUUUUUUUCAGUAUACGUUCUAGUGAAAUCUAUUGUUAAUGUCUGAAUUUCUGGUUUAUUAUGUAAAAUUAUGUUCUGCAUCCUGAUAAUAGAAUCAGUUGUGUUCAUUGAAAUAUCAUUAAUUAAUUGUUCAUUAUUUUACAGUAAUACAGCAGUGAAAGUCUCUGAGGGCAAAAAAAGUCAGAAUGGUAGAAAAUCUCAAGACUGUGAAGUACACAAUAAAUUACUCACUUAUUCUAUUCAUCUUCAAAAACAUGAAAGAAUUCACAGUGGAGAGAAACCGUAUGAAUGUAAACAGUGUAGUAAAACAUUCAGUCAAGCUGGUCAUCUUCAUAUAUAUGAACGAACUCACCGUGGAGAGAAACCCUAUGAAUGUAAACAAUGUAGUAAAACAUUCAGGCAAUCCAGUAGUCUUAAGGUACAUGAAAGAAUUCACAGUGGAGAGAAACUGUACGAAUGUAAACUAUGUAGUAACACAUUCAGUCGUUCCAGUAGUCUUCGGACACAUGAAAGAAUUCACAGGCGAGAGAAACCCUAUGAAUGUAAACUAUGUAACAAAACAUUCAGUUUUUCCAGUAAUCUUCGGACACAUGAAAGAACUCACAGUGGAGAGAAACCAUAUGAGUGUAAAUUAUGUAACAAAACAUUCAGAUUUUCCAGUAAUCUUCGGACACAUGAAAGAAUUCACAGUGGAGAGAAACCCUAUGAAUGUAGACAAUGUAGUAAAACAUUUGGGCAUUCCAGCAGUCUUCAGGAACAUGAACGAACUCACAUUGGAAAGAAACCCUAUGGAUGUAAACAGUGUAGUAAAACAUUCAGUUGCUCCAGUCAUCUUCGGGCACAUGAACGAACUCACAGUGGAAAGAAACCCUAUGGAUGUAAACAGUGUAGUAAAACAUUCAGUUGUUCCAGUCAUCUUCGGGCACAUGAAAGAAAUCACACUGGAGAGAAACCCUAUGAAUGUAAACUAUGUAGUAAAACAUUCAGUUGUUCCAGUACUCUUAAGAAACAUGAAAGAACUCACAGUGGAGAGAAACCCUAUGAAUGUAAACAAUGUAGUAAAACAUUGAGUUGUUCCAGUAGUCUUCGGACACAUGAAAGAACUCACAGUGGAGAGAAACCCUAUGAAUGUAAACAAUGUAGUAAAACAUUUAGUUAUUCCAGUAGUCUUAAGAAACAUGAAAGAACUCACAGUGGAGAGAAACCCUAUGAAUGCAAAGUAUGUAGUAAAACAUUCAGUUGUUCCAGUAGUCUUAAGAAACAUGAAAGAACUCACAGUGGAGAGAAACCCUAUGAAUGUAAGCAAUGUAGUAAAACAUUCAGUUGUUCCAGUAGUCUUCGGACACAUGAAAGAACUCACAGUGGAGAGAAACCCUAUGAAUGUAAACUAUGUAGUAAAACAUUCAGUUGUUCCAGUCAUCUUCGGGCACAUGAAAGAAUUCACACUGGAGAGAAACCCUAUAAAUGUAAACAAUGUAGUAAAUCUUUCAUUUGUUCCAGUAGUCUUCGCUCACAUGAAAGAAUUCACAGUGGAGAGAAACCCUAUGAAUGUAAACAAUGUAGUAAAACAUUUCGACAAUCCUGUAAUCUACGGCAACAUGAACAAACUCACAGUGGAGAAAAACCCUAUAAAUGUAAACAGUGUAGUAAAACAUUCAGGCAAUCCAAAACUCUACGGACACAUGAAAGAAUUCACAAUGGAGAGAAACCCUAUGAAUGUAACCUAUGUAGUAAGACAUUCAGGCAAUCCAGAACCCUUCUGACACAUGAAAGAAUUCACAGAAUCACAGCCUCAAACCUGUUUCCAGCACCCUAUCCUCAGCCUCUACCCUCCCGGCCACUAUGACAUGGAAUUAAUGACUGGACGCCUUCUGCUGCAGGCAAGUCUUCCUUCCCUGGAAGCCAGUGAGGCCAUUGAUGAGAGCAGUCCCUUCUACUAUGACUGGGAGACCCUACAGCUGGCAGGAGUCCUCUGCUUGGUCGGCAUAGCCUUCGCCCUGAGCAACAAAUGUAAAUGCAAAAGUAAAAAGGAACAGAGCCCGGUACCUGAGAGCACCAUCAUAUUCAUUGUGCCAGGGUCUGUCAGGACCUUCUGAGCUUCCCCUUCGGGGUCUGUGCCCAAGGCAAAGGCUGUUCUCUCUGGAAUCCCCAGGGUCCCUCUUGAUGGAUGACAGGACGAGCCUUGUUUGUAAAUAACACUUCUCCCUCUUAAAAAAAGAAUUCACAUUGGAGAGAGAAACCCUAUGAAUGUAAAUUUUGUAGUAAAACAUUCAGUUGUUCCAGUCAUCUUCAGACACAUGAAUGAACUCACAGUGCAGAGAAACCUUAUGAAUGUACACAAUAAAGUAAAGCAUUUAUGAGAUCUAGUUCUCUUCAGUUACAUGAUAGAACUCAAAGUGGAGAGAAACAAAACUCAUGAAUGUAAACAAUGUAGUCAAACACUCAUUUAAGUCAAUGUUCUUUGGAGACAUGAAAGAUCUCACAGUGGAGAGAAACCUAGUGAAAAUAAACAGCAGAACAUUGAUGCAAGCCAGUCAUCUGUCAACAUGAAAUAACUCAGAAUGGAGAGAAAUUUGAUAAAUGUAAGCAGUGUUGAAAACAUUCUGUUAUUCUGGUCCUCUUUGUAGAUAUGAAAGAAUUCACAGUGAAACCAAACCCCAAGAAAGUCAUAAAGCUUUCAGAUGUUCCACUAAUUUUCAAUCACAUGAAAAUAUUCACAAUGGAAAUUAAUCUUUUGAGCAUAAACUCUAAUAAAGAUUAGAGAGAGAGAUGCAACCUGAGACAUGAUGCAGAGGCUUGUGGUUCAAUAUAAUAGCUCUCAUGUAUGAGCCUCCGCACUACAUGGGCAAGAGAGACGUUCUGUUU